AUGAUAGGCAUUUUCAAGACCGCCUUCACGCAAGCCACAAGAAAUCGGACACUUCUCAUGGACGAUCUACACACCUUGGCAAAGGAAUCAGAAGCCAUUUGCAACUCAAGACCUCUCACAUACGUGAACGACCAAGAAGACUUCUUGCCUUUACGCCCAGUUGAUUUCAUACGUCCCACAGCUCGUCUAUCUUUUCCCCGUCUGCUCAACGAAGACGAUGAAUGGAGACCACACUACACCACAAGAGACGAUCUGAUUAAAGACUGGAGAUUCGGACUCCAAAUUCUCGAGACCUUCUGGAACAGAUGGCAAGUCGAGUACCUGACGUCCCUACGCGAACGACACCAAAUUUCUCACCCGUAUCCACGGAUUCAUCACAACGAUAAACCAGCAAAUGGAGAGUAUGUCCUCAUCCACGACGACACCAAUAAGAGAGGCAUGUGGAAAAUGGGACAAAUAUGCGGAUCAUCCGACGGAUAUCAGCGUUCAGUUCAAAUUCGACUACCGUCACGACUGAUAAUAACAAGGCCUAUCAACCUUGUCAGCCGCUUCGAAAUCACUUCAAAUACAACCACUCAAGAACAGACUGCAACUCAGAACGAAUCAACGGAAAGAAGAACUCGGCCUCCGAUCCAUCCUAUGGUCACUCGGUCCAAAGCUAGGCGACAACAACUAAACCUACCCUUGUUCAUUUCGAUCAUGACAGCUCUUCUACAAUGCGUUAUUUCGGCCAGUUCUCGCUGUCCCGAAGAACUAACGCUGGACAAGAAAAUCAUCCAUGCAACACCGUGCGUGACAAAUGGAGUAGCGGUAGCAGUAUAUUCGAAGGAGGACACAAGGAAGAUCUGCUGGUUUCCAGUGACAUGCCCUCACGGCGAAAUUCCUGCUUCCCUCCAACCAUCGAAAGAUCUACAACUAUGUGGACCAAAAUGUGAAUGCCCCAAAUGGUCACAAUUCUGCUCACACUCAGCAGAAGAUUGCAGCCGAAGAUCAGUAGUGAAGCGAACUCUACCGUACUCGUUUUGUGAAAAGACGUCUCAGCCCUCUUGUAAAAACAUCAAGAAUCUUAUUUUGGGUCGUAAUCUGAUAAUAGAUUAUAUCAACGCCGUUGAUGCAUAUUCACAGCUUGCCCACCUGUUCCCAAACUUUCCAGAAUAUAAGCUCUAUCAUGCGCAAGCGCUGUACAACGCAUUCAUGCUCCCGGAAGCUUUGCAAGUUGUUUCUACGAUCGACGAGCAGCACUUGCUUGGCGAUGUCAUCAAACUUGAAUCAGCCAUAAAAUAUCGUGAAGAAGACGUGAAUAAUGCAAGAAUUCUCGUUGAACAGUAUCCACCAGAUGAUCCUGAUACCGAGAUGAAUCUGGCUUGUUUGGACUACAAGGAAGGGGACUACGACAAAGCUUUGGAGCGUUUCAACAAUGCUAGCUCAAUUAUGGGUUAUCAACCAGAGCUCGCCUACGCAAUUGCCUUAUGUCACUACAGAAAGAAGGAAUAUCCUCAAGCUUUAAAAUUUAUAACAGACAUCGUAGAUCGUGGCAUAAAAGAUCACCCCGAGCUCGGCGUUGGAAUGGUCACCGAAGGCAUGGAUCUCAGAUCUGUUGGGAACACAAUGAAACUACAUGAAACAUCACUUGUGGAAGCACUAAACUUGAAAUUUGCUGUUGAGUACAAAUUGAAGAAUUUCACAGCUGCGCAAGAAGCUCUGACAGAUAUGCCUCCUCGUAGCGAAGAGGAGUUGGAUGCGGUUACUUUGCACAACCAGGCAUUGAUAGUUAUCGACACCGAUCCAAAUGAUGGAUUUGCGAAGCUACAGUAUCUCUUGAGUCAAAAUCCUUUUCCACCCGAGACCUUCGCCAACCUACUUUUGUUGUAUUGCAAAUACGAGUACUACGACUUGGCUGCUGAUGUUUUAGCCGAAAACGCCCAUCUAACCUUCAAAUAUCUUACUCAGUAUCAGUUUGAUUACUUGGAUGCGCUAAUUAACCAGCAAACAUCGCCUGAGGAAGCGUAUGCAAAAUUUGAUGCUAUGGCUCAAGACCAAAUGAAUGAAUUGAGAAACCUCACAAAGAAAGUUCAAGAAAUUCGUCAAAGCAAUGACGAGACUACUGCCCGAAAGGCUGUGGAGGCGUUUGAUGAGACUCUUGAGCUAUACUUACCAUUGCUAAUGGCUCAAGCUAAAAUCUAUUGGGACAAAGGUGACUACGCGAGGGUGGAAAAAAUCUUCAGAAAAUCUGUGGAAUUCUGCAGUGAACACGAUACGUGGAAGUUAAACGUAGCGCAUACACUAUUCAUGCAGGAACAGAAGUUCAAGGAAGCGGCUGGUUUCUAUGAACCCAUUGUGAGCAAAAACUUCGUAACGUUGUUGGAUGUAUCGGCAAUCAUAUUGGCAAAUUUAUGCGUCUGUUAUAUCAUGACUAACCAGAAUGAAGAGGCGGAAGAGUUGAUGCGAAAAGUGGAAAGAGAAGAAGACGAAGCAAGGGAGUUGGAUGAAAAUCGCAAGAUUUUUCAUGUUUGCAUUAUAAACUUGGUCAUUGGGACAUUAUACUGUAGCAAGGGUAACUUUGAGUUUGGAAUCUCACGUGUUAUCAAAGCAAUGGAACCGCAGGACCGUAAACUUGGUACGGAUACAUGGUACUAUGCGAAGCGAUGCCUGCUAGCUACCAUAGAAACCAUGUCAAAGCAUCUUGUUGUUAUUCGAGACUCUGUUGUUUAUGAGUGUUUGAAGUUCCUGGAUAGUGCAUGGUCGAGGCAUCCCAACAAUUGUGGAUGGGCCAUUAAUGGAAGGCCAAGUGGACUCGAUCAAAAAUACCGUAACAUACGAGGCGAGACUGCUAAAGUCGUUGUUGCUCCAAGUGAUCAAUUACUGAUCACAACUCGGUUUAAUUGUCAUUAUCGACAAGUGAAUAAAAUAACUGUUGUAGAGAUUAGAAUGAAUUUCUUUGCUAUCAUCACGUUUUUCCUGCACCUCCUUAUAGUGAACUCCUAUGAAUUCAACUACUUCAGCGGAAUAAAUGGACCAUUGCGAAGCGAUUCAAGUGAGGGGAAAGCCAGAUUUCUCAUGUCACCAAAAUACAGAAGAUCUGCUUUUGACGCUUACGGCGAUUUGUCUGCGAUGAUGGAAUCAAUCGAUAGAUUCCAAAGACCAAGGUUUGGAAGGAAGUAA